GACUAACCACCAUUGACUUCGACGAAAAAGAACACAACUCUGUCAUUGAACUGUUUAAAUGAGUGUGAACGGAGCAAAACUAGGCCUGUUUUAGCGUCUGCGCUGAUGCCUGAAUAGGAUGAAUCCCGAGAGCAAGGACGAUCCCGUUGUCUACCAAAGCGUCGUGUUGAAGAACGCCGCUCCGUAUCAGUACAUGAAAGUCUGCCUCGUGCUGGAGGACAAAUCGGUCAAACUGAGUGCGGUCGACCUGAAGCAGUUCAUCAUCACUGGCUUGAAGAGUCUCCAUGGAGAGGUGGGCGCCGCAUUACAUUUCGAUGUCCUGAAGUACAACAAAGACACCCUCAGUGCUUUCCUGCGCGUACCUGGAAGUGGUUUGGUGAAGCUGUGGAGCUCGUUAACGCUGUUGGGUUCUUACAACGAGCAGAGCUGCGCCUUUCGAGUGCUGCAGGUGUCGCCUUUUCUGCUCUCGCUGACGGGGAACAGCCGCGAGCUGCAGCUGGACUGACGCCGCAGACGACUGGCGAGAACCAUGUGGAC